CUACAUUGUUCGUUUCCCCACUUUUUCUAUAAAUAUAUAUGAGCCAUUUUUUGCCAGUUAGUAAGGGAUUUAACCCGCGCAAAUCUCACCCUUUUUCUUCCAACAGAUUCAAGCGCCGGUGCCCCUCACAAUACUUUUACAUACCAAUAGAGUGUCCAUUAGGCAGAAACUGCGAAGAUGGUCUCUGUCCUCUUUCUCAUACAAAACUUGAGGUGAUAUUUCACCCGGUCCUCCACAGGACUAAAAGAUGUGGGAUGGCCGUGCUAAACAUAUGCGUUUUUUCUCAAAGGUGUGCCUUCUUCCACAAUUCCAGAGAGAGAAUCUCCUCGCAUCUUGUCUGGUUAAAUUGGCACAGGCAUUGGUCGCUGUGGGAUACUGAUCCAGAGUCCUUUUCUCAGAGAUUCAACGUAGACUUAGAUAUAUCGAAUAAAUUUUUCAUAAUGUUGCAAAAUAGAAUACAAUUGCACUACAUAUUAAAUAAACAAGAAAACAGCCUAAACAGCGAGGGAAACUUUGAGGGCGGUGACAGUCAGUGCCCAAGUUAUGCCAACGAGAACGUAGUUUAUCCCGACGGUGAUGAUAAGAAGAUGAUGAAUUUAGAGAAGCAGUUGGAUGCAAUAUUGGAAUUAUGCACGACUCCUGAAACGUCUGCGAGUUCUUUAACUCCGGAAAUAAAGCAAUACUUGCAACUGACACCUUAUAACAGUGAAAUGCAAAACGCCAACCACAGUGCCUUUGAAUUCUACAACGAUAAUUUAAAUCAGAUAAUAAACUGAGACGGAAUUUUAAAUUUUUUAAAAAAAUUGACCUUUACUUAUUAUGAUUAGAUCACCAUACCACUAUACGUUCACUACGUAUGUUAUACACCAUAACCUAACAUGAUUUAUACAUUACACCGUAUUACGUUUAUCGUGUAGUACUUUGUACUCUGACUUAAUGUAUUCUUUAUACA